AUGUUCGAUGACUCGCCGCCCGCCGUGGAUCCACUCAACGCUUCCCAAUCCCCCGUCAAGUCCAAGGAUGGAGGCUAUUUCCAAUGCGGCUUCUGUAAACGCCACUAUAAUCGAGCAGACCAUUUAAUCCGCCAUGUCCGGUCUCAUACCCGCGAGAAACCAUACGUCUGUGAUGUCUGCGACAAGGGGUUUGCGCGACCUGACUUGUUGAAGAGACAUGCCACCGGUCAUGCCCAUGACCGCGAUCGGAAGCGCAAGAGAAGCUCCUCCGUCGCAAAGCAGAGUCGCGUCUCCCAAGCCUGCAAGGCCUGUGCCUCUUCCAAGCUCAAGUGUGACGAGGAGAAGCCGUGUCGACGGUGUCGAGAGCGGAAUUUGCAGUGCGAUUGGCAAGAUGUGGUGCAAGAUUCAUCUCCUGAACCGCAGCAGCAGAGCUCAACUGAACAUUCAAAUCCAAUUAUGCCCAGCCAGCCAAUGGAUCUGACUGCCUCCGUGGCAUUUUCCCCCAUGCCAACUCCCAUGGAUGAGUUUCCAGCCGGGGGCAGGAGUGGGGGCAUACUCAUGACUCCUCAUGGGCCUCCUCCGGAACCACCGGUACUCUCGCCAGCAGUACCCCCGACGGGCGAGCAAAUUCCAAUGGAGUAUGGAGUAUCACCUACCGACCAAGAAAGUGGCAUCUUCAGCGUGGACGGCACAUUUUUCCCGAAUUUUAUUCCCGACUCGUUGAUCUCUUCAUUAAGCCGAUAUAAUGACCCUUUCGAACCAUCCAAUUUGAUACCCGAAUUCACACAUUACGGGGCAUUGGAGAUCCCCGCUUUGGAUUUCAACUUGACGGAUGGCGACUUUGGGUUGAUCGAUAUGUACAAUUCCCGCAACUUUGUGCCCGGAGCCCAUGACCCGGAGUCGCAGGACCGCUUUGAUGCGGAUAGUGGAAUUGGAAUUGGUGCCGAGGCCUACCAUCGCUCAUCUCUUUCCCAGUGGAAGCCUGCCCAGGAGGACCGCGCAUUCGACGAUCACGAGAAUUUAUCCGUUCCACACACCAUCGACAGCCCCGAAGCAAGUGCCACGCCCGAUCGGCAGAUUCUGUGUGAACGUCUGUCUUCCAGCAGCCGUGACCUCAUUUUUGGGUUGGUGCUGGAGAUCAGCCGAGAAGCCAAUUUGAGUCGAAUUAUGAAGUCGUUCCCCAGCACUGAACUACUGGACGGCUUGAUCCAGCAAUACUUUGAAUUCCAGUCGCACAGUGUUGAUUCUUUUAUUCACGGGCCGACUUUCCGACCAAAUAGCGAGCAUGCUAGUAUUCUUGCGGCUCUGGCUUCUGCAUCAGCCGUUCGCUCUCCCAUUCCCACCAUCAGAAAGCUUGGUUAUGCUCUGCUGGAGAUUGUCCGAUUGUAUAUGCCUAUCAAAUAUGAAAACGAUAACAGUACCACCCGUGACCUACGCACAUCACAAACCUAUGCAUUGAAUAUUGAUGUCGGAAUAUGGAGUGGAAAUCGACGAAAGACCGAAAUCGCCGAGAGCUUCUCGCAGCCUUUGGUGACUAUGCUCCGUCGAGCUCUGCGUUUCCGUCGUUCGGUCUACACCGAUAUUAUCCCUCGGGUGGAAGAUACGGGACAGGCAUUAGAGCGCAAGUGGCAUGACUGGAUUGAACAGGAGUCGUUCAAAAGGCUGGUCUACCAUCUCUUCCUCCACGACUCUCAAAUCUCAGUCACACUCAACGUCAACCCCUUGAUCUCCUACGCCGACUUGGAACUUCCACUACCGGCAGCCCGUCCCUUAUGGGAAGCCAAGACUGCCACCGAAUGGAAAGAGCUUUUCUGCGUCAUCACGCCAGAGCGAAUGCCCUCUCUUGCCGAUCUCCUUCGCGACAUGUCUCAGCUGUCGCACUUUCAAGAUCGUAUCGACACGCAACUGUCCGCCUUGGUUCUUCUCCACGGACUGUCAGCGUUGAUCAAUGAGUAUCAUCGGCUGAAAUUCAUUUCAACGAGUAACUCGAAACAUUGGCAUGCCCUUGUGACAAAUUCCCGUCAACAAGAGCUAGAUCAGGCUCUCCAGCACUUCCGGAUGGUUUGUUCUGAACUAAGAGUGCAGUGCCGACCAGAGAUUGUACUGGUGUGUGAAGUAGUCUCCAUGCUGCUUCGUAUGUCCUUGGAGGAAUUACAGCUUUUUGCUGGCAAAGAGGACAAACAAGAAGCGCGACGGGUCUACCACUCCGCCCUGGAAUGGAUCACAAGUCCCGACUCCCGCCGAGCUGUGUGGCACGCGGGCCAAACGAUCCGUGCGGCUCGGAAAAUGGCGCCUAGCUCGUUGACUGGGUUCCUGGCCAUCGGGGUAUAUUACGCCGGCUUGGCCCUGUGGUCCUAUGCCGUAGUCUCCAAAGCCAAGAACACGCGGCUGACUGGAAGCCCCGCCUCUUCCAUUGCCAGCCAGGGACCGACCGUUUUCCUUGACGCGGAGGAAACGCCUGAUGUCACGAAAUUCGUCACCCUGAGCUGUGGCAUUCCUGCAAUACAGGGUCCUGGCGGACCAAUUGCUUUGGCGGAUACGAGCACUACCAUGCAGAUGGUGCAGCGAGUACUUCGGCCGGACCCGUCAGAUCGUACUUUACCCCUGGUUCAGAGUCUUGCCCAGUUAAUUGGGGAUCUGGGGCAUUGUGUACCCGCGGGUGGAGUAUAA